CCCCCCCCCCCCCUCCCCCGGGCCGGUGUCACUGGUGGGGUCGGCCUGGGGAGCGACACGUCGGAACCGGACCCAAAUUCACCUCCUGGUUCUGUGUUUGUGCCUUUGCACCCACACGGGCACCGCUGAGGGCUUCCAUCCUGGGGGGUUCCCUCGUGUUCCCUCCGGGAGCGGGGCAGGAACAUCCCAGGAGGAAUUUUGGGAUUGCCAGGAGGAAUGUGCGGGGCAGCUCUGAGCACCCCACGUUUUCCUGUGGAGCCUCCCCAACAAGGAGCGCAUCCUAUCAGUGCCAGGGGAGGAAGAUGCUGUUAUUCCUGGCUCCCUCUCUGUCUCCGUGCCAGGGUUUUUGGCAGGUGCGGUCUCUCCCGGCCGGUUGUUUUGCCCCUGGAGUACACACGAGCACGUGGGCCGCGUGGCUGUGUCAGAUCCGGGCAGCUCAGUUCCCGGUGUUUUUAUUUGAGUGGGGAAGCUGCUGACGAGCAGUCGGUGGAACGAGUCGGGCAGGUCAGACAGACCGGGCUGUUUCUCGUGGGUGCCAGUGUCGAUCCCUCUCGGUGUAUGUGUGGUAACAACAUGUCUGUCCCCCUCCUCGCCGACGCUGUCACCGUGUCAGGGGCAGAGCGGGAGACCGCCGCGGUCAUUUUCCUACAUGGCCUUGGAGACACGGGGCACAGCUGGGCUGAUGCUCUCUCCUCCAUCCGCCUCCCCUACGUGAAGUACAUCUGCCCUCACGCGCCACGGAUCCCGGUGACCCUCAACAUGAAGAUGGUCAUGCCCUCCUGGUUUGACCUGAUGGGACUGACUCCGGAUGCACCUGAGGAUGAAGCUGGGAUCAAGAAAGCUGCAGAAAACAUUAAAGCAAUCAUUGAGCACGAGAUGAAGAACGGGAUCCCCCCCAACCGCAUCAUCCUGGGGGGCUUCUCACAGGGCGGUGCCUUGUCGCUGUACACGGCUCUCACCUGCCAGCACCAGCUGGCCGGGAUCGUGGCGCUCAGCUGCUGGCUCCCGCUGCACAAGGCCUUCCCACAGGCGGCAAGCAACGGCGUGAACAAGGACAUCGCCAUCCUGCAGUGCCACGGGGAGAUGGAUCCCAUGAUCCCCGUGCGCUUCGGGGCCCUCACUGCUGAGAAGCUCAAGUCUGUCGUCACCCCCACCAAGGUGCAGUUCAAAACCUACCCUGGCGUGAUGCACAGUUCCUGCCCUCAGGAGAUGAUGGCGGUGAAGGAGUUCAUCGAGAAGCUGCUGCCCCGGAUCUGAGCCCAGCCCCUCGGGACUGUCGCAGGGGAGGGUGCCGAGGUCACCGCCGCCCGCCUGUCCCUGUGACCCGCCCGCUGCGAACGGAAGCCAUGGCCCCCCCAGCGCACCUCCCGCCACACCCACCCGUGCCCGCGUCCUCGCACCGCGUCCCCUCCGGCCGGGGGUGCCCGGCUCUCCCGCUGCUCCCGGAGCCGACAUCGGAGCUGCCUAAGGCGAGUCUGGGAGUGGCCUUUUCUCUCCUGCUCUGGCUCCGGGCGCUUCCCGGGGGAGGGUCACCGUCCCCUCGGCUCCCCGCGGGGCUGGCACGGCGCGGGUGAGGUUCUCCUGUUGCGUUUGGGGGUUUUGUACCAGUAUUAGGGGCGGGACGUGCCCGGCUGCGGUGGGAGGAGCGGGGCGGAGCUGGGGCACCCCUGGGGCUCGGAGCUCUGCCCUCGGUGGCCGCUCUCGGCCUCCGCUCAGGCGACUCACGGGUUUUCAGUCAGAGCUCAGGAACCCGGGUCUCCCCUGCGGACGCCUCCAGACCCCGGGGCAGGCUCUGCCCUGGGCUGGCACCGCCAAAGGCUGCCCGGGGCCGGCAGGGAGGGUCAGCGCUGCUCCCGCACGGCCCCGCCUGUCACACACGCACACUCCCCUCAGCCAUCGGCCUGGGGCAGCUCUGCCCUCCUGAGAUAAUCACCUCCUUAUUCCUCCUCCUCUUCUUGCUUUUACAAUCUCCAUCCCAGAGGCAUCUCCCCCCCUCCCAGCCCAGCUCUGCACUCUCGGAGCCCCAAAGCUUCGUUUACACUCAUGGAGGCUCCGGCCCCGUCUUCAAUGUCUUCUCUUGCUGCUACCUGUCCUUCCCUUUGGACUUGGGCUGGCUCGGGGAGGGGGAGGGCCCUGGACCCCGGGUUUGGCUCCUGGUGCAGCUGGAAGGAGCAGCUUUGCUCCCAGCCAUCAUCUGACCAGCAUCUGAGCCCCGGGUGCUGCUGUGCCCCACCCUCUGUGCUCCCGGGGCUCUUCCUGCUGCCCGGAACUGGGGGCUCAUGCCCCCCCCCCAUGUACAAUCACCAGUGUCCCUCACCUGUGGCUUGUCCCCUCCUGACUGCUGGCAUCGUGCUGGGGCCUCGAAUGUCUCCUCUGGGGGGGCUCCUGGCUGACCCUCCCCUCCCACAGGGCCCAGGGCAGUGGCUGUGGAGCAGCUCUGCCCUCACCCCCCUCUUCCCCUGGGCUGAGCCCCCACCUGGGGCUGAUCAUGGCUUUUAAAACACCCCCACAUUCCUCUGGCCCCAGGGCUGGCCCUGCUCCCCCUGCCUGCCCUGGGGGCUGCUCUGGGGGGGCUCAGCCCCAGCAGUUCUGCUCCAGCCCUGCCCUUCCUGCCCGGGCUGUGCAAAGCAAUAACCGCCCUCUGGAGAGUGGAUCGUGGGGCCUGCCUUGGCUGGGGUCUUGGCUUGGGCUUUUAGUUCUUGAUCCUUCUAGGAAGUCUGAAAGCAGCAGAGCUGCUGUUGGCACUGGGGGCAGCCCAGCUCUGCCCCUGCCCUGGGCUCUGCCCCUGCCCUGGGCUCUGCCCUGCUGGCUCCUCUAUGCUGUGUUUUAAUGCUGCUGUGCCCCUGCCCCCCACGCUUGGAUGGGGGGCUUGAGAGGGUGGCAGGGGUGGGACGGCAGCUCUCUGGGGCCACCAGGGGCUGGCAGGGGUGGGACUGCAGCUCCCUGGGGUACCAAGGGCUGGUGAUGGACAGACUGACCUGUGUGACUGUGAACUGGAACCGUGUGUGACAGGGGGCCCGGGACCAUCCCUGGGGCCCCGUGGGACCCCUGUGCAGAGCAUUCCUGCUCACUCCCUGCCCGAGCAGUGCCGGGAACACGGGAGGGAGAACGGCUUCUCUCCAUUCCUCAGUACAGCUUUGGGGUUUUUCUUUUGGGUUUUUUUUUUUCUUUUGGUUUGGUUUUUUUUUGUUGUUGUUUUUCUUCUCUCUCUUGUCUUCCUUGUACAUGUUUGGGGUGGUUUUUUUUGUGUGUGUGCGUGCGUUCCACAGAGAAUCAAGGUGAAAUAAAUCCUCAACUUAUCCCGGA